AGCCAUCAUAUCUACUUAUGAAACUAAUUCCUAUUAAACCAAAUUGAAUAUUGAAUGGAGUAUGAAAUAUUAAAAAUGGAGCCAGAGCAGAGCGCCGAAUACAUGAAACCCAAGCACCUACAUAUGCACAUAUGUGAGUAUGUUUGUACCGUAUAUGCCUGCGUUUAUUGGUUUAUAUGUAAGUUAUUAAAGGUGGUGUCAGCCACAUUGGCUGCCACAUACGCACAUACACACAUACAUAUGUUGUUGUGUGUUUCGUGCGCUGCCACACAUUCCUCGCGAAGAGAACCUAAGCUCGACUUUUAACGCUUAAAAACGAAAGUGAUCUUGAAGGUGCGAUAACGACUCGAUCUCAAAUCUUGCGACAUUUUACUGAAAACAUUUGUCGCUGAUGGACGAUCAUAAGCGCGAGCGCAACGUGUUAAAACAAUAAUUGAAUUUUCAUUUGAAUUGCGAAACGGAAUAUGCCUGAAUAAAGACGGUUACAACAUACAUACAUACAUGUGCCUAUGUAUAAAUAAUACUAAAAGAAAAUAAAAAGAUUAGUGUGUAAUCCAUGUGCCCUUCUAUCUAUACAUAUGAAUACAUGUAUACAUAUAUAUGUUCGUGCGAGAGUUAGCCUUUAUACUAAAAUAAGUUCGUGCAAUGUCUGAUAAAUUGCUAAGCGGCCGGGCGAACGAUGAGCCGACGGCACUUUUGCCCAAUGCGAUUGAAGUCACCCACAGCACGGCGGAAGUUGGUGAGGACGCUGAUUCUUAUCAAUCGGAAACGGAAAGGCCAAUAAUAUUGGAGCUUGGCACUACACCCAAGCCAGUGGCAGUGAGUGCAAGCGUUUUGGCAUCGGUUUACAAUUCAGAGUAUCCUCUAGAUAUGCAUCUGAGUGGGAAUGCGUAUUUGGUCGCUUCGCACUAUGCGCCUUAUGCUGGACAUACACCCGCAGAUCCUCACUUGUUGCCGAUUGUUACAACACACCUCUCGCCGCCGCCGAUUUAUAAUAAUCCGUAUACUCAUUAUGAGCACUCUUUGACACCACCACCUUCCGCACCGAAUACAAUAAUGCCGCCACACACAAGCGCUUCUUCUGCGGUUGUUUCUAGUGGGAUAUCAACCGUUACGCAUAGUGUUUUUCCAACGCAGAUUCCACAGACUGUGAGUACUUGGCCAUUAGCUUCCGAUUCGAAAGGGAAAUCUGUUGCGGAAGUGGUCCCACCACCGAUUAGCAUUAAUUACCUGGAUGCACGCGAGCACAUCAUAUCAAAGGAAACAAAUCCCUCUUGGAAAGAGAAAGCGCUGCAAUUGGAGAAAGAUUACAAAAAGACUGCCUGUGAUAGAGAACGCACAAGAAUGCGCGAUAUGAACAGGGCGUUCGAUUUACUUCGUUCCAAACUGCCUAUUUCGAAGCCAAAUGGGAAGAAGUACUCAAAGAUUGAAAGUUUACGUAUUGCCAUUAACUACAUUAAUCAUUUGCAACAGUGUCUCAAGGAUUUACCCAUUGAAACCGGCGCGUCAACUGAAAAUAACGCUAGCCAUGAAAUCAAUGCCGUGGACUACGUAGUGGAUAUUGGGGCACGCCAACGUAUAUCACAUUUUCAUUAUGAAGGUCCAAGACAGUCGCUCAAAGACAUUAAAAAGGAUCUGGACGAAUCUCAAAGCGGUGGAUGGAGUGAUAGCCAGUAUAUAAGUGCAGAGCAAGAGCAGUGGGAUCGAAAUUGAGUUUGCAAACACAUGUUUAUGCUUAUUUAUUGUACAUAAUAUGGAAAAGGAAUGAAAAAUACAAUUUUAUUUACGUUUGUCAACAAUAAGAAAGGAAGAAAUUAUAACAUUAUGAUCAAAAAAUAGAUUUUGUGUGAAUUGAAACGUUUCCAUUUCCUAAAUAGGCCAUUUUAAACUCCAACGAUAACAGUUUACGAAUUAACAGAUUUCAGUCUACCCAAUGACCACAUAAGGCAUAAUUUUCUAUUUGUUGAGAAGAAAUAUUCUAAUCGAGAGUUCAUAUUUUUUA